UUCGAGAAAUUGAAAUCUAUUUUUUCACAGAAAAAGAAGGAAAAAAAGGGAUUUUCAGGGUUUUUUUUUUGGAAAAUGAAUAGAAAAUAAAAUUUUUCAUGUAAACCUAUAGGGUCUACAGCGAAAAAGCACUCGAAAAUGUAAUUGAAAGAAGGAACGUCGCCAUGGCAACGGGAGAAGUGGGCUAGUGGAGUAACUCAUCGAUUUUCGCAAGCUUCUUUAAGAAAUGUUCACGAAAACGGACACCUGUACUAAAUACUUUCAAUGUUUGAUGGGACAUUUCGCCUUGUCGACGAUUACAAUAUUUUCUCAGGCUUCUCAUUUGGAAGCAUCAGUUUCGGGCGGUGCAUCCAUCAGUGAGGAGGCCCGAAUAGGCUUCACAGUUUGCCUGGUCUUCACAAAACUCGCUAUUCUCAUCGAAUUCGCCUCAAUUCUCGUGGAUCUCCCGUCGCCGUCUCGAUCUCUAUAUUCCACGUUGUCACACACGAUUGCCAGCAUUUUCUUUCUAAUUUUCAUCUACGAUUCGCAUCCACCUGCACAUUUUUGGCUACUUUUCGCUUUUCUUUCCCUUCCACCGUGCGUUCUUGCCGUGAGCGCAUCGAUCGGCGGAUUUAGGCGAAAGGAAUGGCAAAAAUAAAUCAAUUUUU